AUGGGAGUUCGUGUUGAAGGCUUUGUUCCCGCAUCCGUACUGCCAUUAUUACUAACGAUGGUUUUUUAUCUCGGUCCCUUCGUUCAUUCUGCUAUGGACGACCCGGAUGGCUUCACCGGGGAACUGCAGUCUGCACUCGAUGUUCGGUCCUGGAGGCUGUGUGUGAGAGAUGCAGUGUGGCUCAGGAACCAGGUGGUGGCACCAGUGACGGAGGAGCUGGUGUUCAGAGGGGCCAUGCUGCCCAUGCUGGUGCCCUGCACUGGACCCACAGCAGCCAUCUUCGUGGCUCCGCUGUUCUUUGGUGUUGCUCAUUUCCACCAUAUUAUAGAACAACGGCGCCUCGGCAAGGACAGCAUGAGUGUUAUCCUUUUGGUGGCAGGGAUGCAGUUCUUGUACACAACUCUGUUCGGUGCCUUUACCGCCUUCAUAUUCAUGAGAACUGGUCAUGUUGUGGGUCCAGUUUUGUGCCAUUCCUUCUGCAACAGCCAGGGUCUGCCUGACGUCACCUCUGCCCUGCAACACCCCCAACGCCCAGCUCUGCUCUUCUCGUAUCUGAUGGGAAUCCUGCUAUUUCUGGUGCUGCUAUUCCCUCUGACAGAUCCUUUCUUCUAUAGUGCCAUUCCCGUCUGCAGCCUGGCUCCCCCUCCCACGUCUGUAUGUUAA